UAGAGCAGGACAGCAUGUUUCAGGCCAGCUGACAGACCCGAGGCCUGGCACUGCUCAGUGACAUGGAGAGACUUGAGCGUGCUCUCUUCCGCCUAGAACAAGGCUUUGAGCUGCAGUUCCGCCUUGGUCCUACCCUCCAGGGUAAAGAUGUCCAGGUUUACACCAACUACCCUGCAAAAGGCCACAAGUUUGAUCGCCUUAAGUUUCAUCCUUUGGACUGGUUCUACCCGAACGGAUGGGAGGAUGACUGUGAUAAAUACUGCAGACUGGACCUAAUCGUAGCUGGAUCAUAUCAGUACUAUUUCUCCUGUGGGUAA